CAUUCUAAGAGGAAAGUUUCGGAAGCUAAAUAUUUGUUUUUCCACAUUCUCUGUUCUACUUCUUUCAGUCUUCUUGUUCACAGAUCAUGGAAGAUUACAUCUUCAAAGCCUUGACAAUCUCUUUUGCUUUUAUAGUUCUCUAUGUGACCACAAAACUUUUGCAAAACUUUUGGUGGAGACCCAAAAGAAUAGAGAAACUUCUUAGGCAGCAAGGGAUCAGAGGCACUUCCUACAAGUUUUUCAAAGGUGACAUGCCAGAGAUGAUGAAGUCUAUCAUAGAGACAUCAUCUAAACCUAUGUCCCUCAACCACCACAUAGUUCCUCAUGUCAUCCCAUUUCUUCAUCAAAUGUUUCAGAAAUAUGGAAAAAUUUCACUCUUUUGGUUUGGAAGAACUCCAUCUGUGCUAAUAGGAGAUGCAGAGCUUGUGAGGUUUAUUUUGACAAAUAAGAAUGGUCACUUCAUCAAGCCACCACAAAACCCCUUAGUCAAACAUCUUCAGUUGGGCCUCUCAUCGUUAGAAGGUGAAAUCUGGAGCAAACGAAGAAGGUUAAUAGCUUCUGCAUUCCUUGUUGAGAAGCUAAAGGGAAUGGUUCCAGCAAUUUCAAGGAGUUGUUGCAUGCUGAUAGAGAGGUGGCAGGAACUAGCAAAAGAUGAAAGAUCAUGUGAGUUUGAUGUUUUACCUGAAUUGAGUGUUUUGAGUGGUGAUGUUAUUGCUAGAACAGCCUUCGGAAGCAGCUACCAAGAGGGAAAAAAGGUUUUUGAACUGCAGCAUGAACAAAUAUCAUUGGUUCGAGAGGCAUACUGGGGUACCUAUAUUCCUGGUUUCAGGUUCAUACCGACUAAGAAGAACAAGAGGAGAUACCAAAUGUACAACCAAAUUAAUGCUAUAUUGAAAGAAAUGAUUAAGAGGAGAGAGCAAAGAAUGAAAACAGGUGAAUUGGAAAGUCAUGAUCUAUUAAGCUUGCUAUUAGAGUGCAAAGGGGAAAGUGAAAGUUCUCUAACAGUUGAUGAUGUGAUUGAGGAAUGCAAGUUGUUAUACUUUGCUGGCCAAGAGACCACAACCAACCUUCUUACAUGGACCAUGAUUGUUUUAUCUAUGCAUUCAAAUUGGCAGGAAAAGGCCAGAGCUGAAGUAUUCCAAAUUUGUGGCAAAAAUGUACCUGGACUUGAAACCAUAAAUCGCCUUAAAAUAGUGACAAUGGUACUUCAUGAAGUCCUAAGGUUGUACCCACCUAUAUCAUAUAUUCAGAGAUACACACUAUGUGAAACAAGGAUAGGAAGCAUAACCAUUCCUGCUGGAGUUCAACUUGAACUACCAUUUAUGCUUCUUCAUCACGAUCCAAGGUAUUGGGACAACCCACAAGAGUUCAAUCCUGAGAGGUUUUCUCAAGGUGUUUCCAAAGCUUCACAUGAUCAAGUUGCUUUCUAUCCAUUUAGUUGGGGUCCAAGAAUCUGCCUUGGCCAAAACUUUUCCCUCAUAGAAGCAAAGAUAGCUCUCGCUAUGAUUCUUCAACAUUUCUCAUUUCAACUUUCACCCUCUUAUGCCCAUGCUCCUCGAAAUAGUCUUACUCUUAAGCCACAACAUGGGGCUCCAAUUAUUAUCCACUCUAUCUAAUUCAUCUAAUAAGUAUGAAAUGUUGUGUGUCAUGUUAAGUGUGAUAAAAAUGUUCGAUUAAUUAUGAGAACCCUUUAUUACAUAAAGUUGGAUAUGAUGGGAAAAUAAUUUUCCACAAAUUGUCCAUCCAUACUGGAGUAUUAUUAUCCAUUCUCUCUCUCAUAUGCGUGACUUUUCAAUUUUUAUUUGCUUGUGACUAUUUUAAUGCAAUUGCACUGGUUUGAAAAUGUGUAGAGACAAUGACGUUGGAAGCCUAAAUUAAGUUAAUUCUCUCUCAUAUUAUGUUGAACUUUUAUUUUAUUUAUAUUUUGAUGUGACACUUCCUUUUUUUAUUUUUUUCUUUCAAGUUUAAGUUUAACUCACUAUUCUUAAUUCUUUUAGGAUUUAACUUCUUAGUAUGAUGUCAUUAUCCCCGUUAUCUUCGAGAGGACUUGCCCUCAAAACAUAAGUCUUCUCUCCUACUUUAACACUCGCAAAAUAAAGUAAAUUGUAAGUAUUACAAGUGUUGCUUUCUUGAUAAAUAAAGAGACCUAACCUAUUU